AUGGCACGUCACAAACAAGCGGGCACACUCAUUCGCGUACACAGUCAAACCAUUCCUGGUCGGGGCGGUGCUGUGUUUAACAUCCACGCAGCUAGGGAUGGAAUUGAAUGUGUAUGUGUGUGCUUGGAGUCAAGCGGCAAACACCUCUCCUCCUCGUUUCGUUGUCGGCACAAAUGCGAAAUUUACUGCGUCAAUGUCUGUAUAAGAUUUCCCCCCACCCCUCAAAUUGUGGUUGCCGACCUCUUCGCCUCUAAGCGUCUCAUAAAACCAGUUGACAUGCCAACAGGUGAAUUUUUGGCAAAGGCGAUCUUCGCCCACUCAUUGCGUCGCAUUAAGGGGUUGCUAGCGUCGUAA